AUGAGCUCGACGCUCCUAUCGCAGCGUAUCCGCUCUGGCGCCUCGCUGAAGUUGGGCAAAAUGAAGGAGAUGGUCCGGCAGAAGGCGCUGUCGCUGAGCGAUUCGGUGCAGCCAUCACUGCAGUCCAACAGAGCACCGAUGGACUACACGGUCACGCCCACCGACUCGCUGGAGCGGAUUGCGGCCGCACAUGAUUGUACGGUGGGAGAACUGAUGAAGCUCAACCGGAUGGGCAGCAGAAUGGUGUUCCCGGGUCAGAAAAUCCUGGUGCCUUCCCCGAUGUCGGAUGACGUUUUUGACGCAUCUGCCGCGCUACUGCCAGCAGGAAUCAGUGGUGCUCAGGCCGCACCGGACGGCAUCCGAAAAGGGCCGGGCGGUGCUGUCCCAUCGAACUCCCGUGGAAACCUGCUAAAAACCCAGAGCGCCCCCACGAAAAGUGAUACGGCUGAUGGCGACUCUGUGGACAGCGACUGCCUGCAGAGGUUUUUGAAAAUAAAGGUAAAACAACUCACCGAGUCCGACGGUACCGUAACUGGCACACUACUCGUCACCCCAAAUUGUCUGAUGUUCGAUCCCGACGUCUCGCACCCCCUGGUCAAGGAGAAUGGCCCCGAUUUGUAUGGGAUGGUGGCGAACAUGGACGACAUCAUGGCAGUGUCCGUCUACAAGGACGUCGGCGCAUUAAUGGGCGACAAAUCGGGGAAGAAGAAGGAGAUCUUCCGACCACAACUGCAAGACCCUCCAAAAUCACCCCGGAUCAGCUCGGAAACGCAGUUGCCCUCGAUCACCGAGGAAAAGGCGGGAAAAGACUCGCCACAGCUCCGUUCCCCAAUAACCGACGAGGCGCCCCGGAAGCGCAGCAUCAGCGAUGGCGAUGAGGCCGGCAAAAUUGUGGACGACGACGGGAAACCGAGGGCUGAACUUCGUGCUGCGCAAAGUUUUGGUAGCAGCGCGAAAGCGAAGAGCGGCGUGCAGACGAUGGCCAAGGGCGCGGAGAGCGUGGCGCAUGGUGUCGUUACGCACACGAAAAGUGCAGCGGAUUCCCUCCAAACGGGAAUUCAAACCUCGGCAAAAGUGGUGGGGGACAGCGCGAAGGCGGCCGCCGAUCGUGUUGCACAACUGCCCGAAAACAUCGUCAACAAGGGCAGCGAGCUGAUAGCCGACGGCGUCAACGGGGUCAGCGGCUUCUUUGCCGUCGAGCAAGAACAACGCACCCCGCAGCAGCUGAAACGGGACCAAUCGCUCGCCACCCUCGAGGGACUACGAUUCACGUGUGCCACCGAGCCGACCGGGUGCCCCGAUCUGUUCAGCACCGUCGACGAGCUGCUGCACAAAAAUUCGCGCUCCGAAUCGGAAACGGACACCUCAGCCGGCCAAUCCGAUGCCCCCUCCUCGCCGAUUAUGCCAUAUUUUAUGGCCGUCCGGCUGACCCGGAAAAAGAUGCGAAAGUCGAAAGCCACCCGGACAUCGUCGAUCAACAACGGCUCGUCCGUCUCCUCCUACGACGACGACUGUCUUUUUGGCAAUCGGCUGAAGCGCGAAUUCUGGUUCACAAUCCCUCGCAACAAGGCCGACUCGAUUUACGGCUUCCUGCUGCAGUGGUCCCCCGAAAAAUACGGACAGGACACUGAAGAAGCAGAAGACUCUUCCGCCGUCACGAUCCCUAAAAACCAUCCAAGCGCCGGCUUCAUCGUGCUGGACGCCGAGGCCGACGAGGCGCUGUCAGCUUUAUUGAAAUCGUGCACAAAGCCGAUGUUCUAUGAAGACACCAUUGUCCGUAUUCACCUAAAAUUUUUCUCGUUGAAAAUGAAUGCUUCGAAGAACCUGCACCUCAGGAGACUGAAUCGGUCU